AUGACAUGGAGUUAGUACAGCCCAUAUAAACAUCUGUGGUAGUAUAUUUGGCCCAGUAGCUGUAAUCGGAAGGCCAUUAGUUGAGACCAUCGCGACAUAACCUUUCACCAAAGCGUCAGACUCUUACCCUGUCUUUCUGUUGCACAUUUCAUCAUACAGAAGAGAGGAUCGAGCGAUGGCACGGCGAGGCGCCGGAGGAGGAGACGGGAGCGCGCUAAAGAGGGCUCUGUUGGUGUCAGGAGGCCUGGCGCUGGCGUGGCUUGCGGUGGAAACCGCCUUCAAGCCCCUCCUCGACCGCCUCCGUGGCGCCAUCUCCCGCUCAGACCCCGCCCACGACCCUGAUGACGACGACGACGACGACGACUUGCGGGGGGAUGAGAAGGGCGAUACUCGUGGCAGGAACAAAGCCCUAAACGAGGAGCAGCAGGACGGCGGAGCUCCCCCCUCCAAUUAGAUCCUUGCCCGUGACUCGUGUUGGUUGAGAGGUCUCAACCCAACCUCCGUACAUCGCUCCGUUCACCUAAAGACUGACUGGUCUUGUUAUCGUCGGAUUGCUUGUUUUCAUCGACACCAUGUGCUCGCAUAUAUUCCUUCCUUCCA